AAGCACACACCACUUAUGGCUGUCAGCUGAGUCAGCUGUUUGUCGGAUAGUUUGUGAUACUCGGUUCAUUCGUAUGCCCGAAAUUGAUCUACAAGCGUGUCCCACACUAGCCAGUCUCUUUGGACACAAUGUUCUGACCAUAUUUCAUUUUCGGAGGCAAACAGAGACGACAGAUUGGGAGGUUCAGUAUGACAAAUGGUCAGCUGAAAUUGGUGGCGUUUUCUUCUGCAUAUAGACAUAAGAUUACCGAAGCGGAAGUUUCCCAUUUCAGCUGUCUCGCGCCUUGAUAUGAUAAGGGUUGUCUGAACCCAUACCACAAUGGACGAAGAGGUACAAAUGGUGGAAGAGUUCGACGAAGCGCCAGCUGCAGAAAUGCCCGCAAUGCAGAGUUCAGGUGAUACAUAUAGCGCGCCUGAUUUAAUGUCAACCACAACGAUGACUAGCAUUGUAUCGGAAAUCACUAAAAUGUUGACAUCGACCAUCCCCUCAACGAGUGAACCGGACUUCAGCGCUCCGCCAACUGCUCCAUCGACUAUGCCUGUCGGAACAAAUGCGAGGGAAGACUUCCUGUUCUCCACUUUCGAUUAUGCCAUCUUCACGGCGAUGCUGCUACUGUCAGCACUGAUAGGUGUGUACUUUGGAUUCGUAUCGAAAAUCAAACAAAAUAACACCAAAGAAUACCUUCUGGGUGGCAAGACGAUGAGUAAAUUCCCAGUCUCGGCUUCACUUAUUGCAACACAUGUUUCCGGAAUCACAAUGCUGGGAGUUCCCUCGGAAAUGUACGCUCAUGGGACACAGUAUGCGGUGUGCAUUAUUUGUGCGCUUUGCGUUACCGUUCUGAUGGAGAAAAUCUAUCUACCCGUGUUCUACGACCUGCAGGUCACAUCCGUAUUCACUUACCUCCAGAAGCGGUUCGACCGAAAUGUACGAACGGCUGCCAGCCUCGUGUACGCUCUUGCUUGCAUGAUAUACAUCCCGAUCGUGGUUUAUGUUCCAGCACUAGCGUUCAGUCAGGUCACCGGUAUCAAUCUUCACCUGAUCACACCAGUGAUAUGUGUUAUCUGCAUUUUCUACACGACCGUUGGCGGUCUUCGUGCGGUAGUGUGGACCGAUACUUUGCAGUUUCUGCUCAUGAUUGGGGCAACACUGGCGAUCAUAUUUCUGGGAAUCGCAAACGUUGGAGGAUUCAUCGAAGUUUGGGAGGCAGCCGAUCGGGGUGGGCGACUAGUGUUUUUCGACAUGAACCCAGAUCCGUUCGUGAGAACAUCUUUCUGGACAGUCACGCUUGGUUUAUCCACCAUGUGGGUCUCGAAUCUCGGCGUUAGUCAGGGAUGUGUUCAACGCUUUUUGGCGGUUCCCGACAUGAAGGUGGCCAAAAACUCGCUCAUAAUCUUCACCGGUGGUUUGAUAUUCAUUAAAAUGUGCUCCUGUUUCACCGGAUUACUGAUGUAUGCUAAAUACGAGUCGUGUGAUCCAUACACCGUUAGGAAGGUUGAAAAACUUGACCAAAUCCUUCCGUACUACAUCAUGGAUGUCGGAUCGAAGAUUCCAGGCCUACCCGGUCUGUUUGUGUCAGGUAUUUUUUCAGCCGCAUUGUCCACGAUGUCGUCAAGUUUGAACACUCUGGCCGGAACGAUUUACGAAGACUUCAUCCGCCAUCGCUACCCACACUCAACUGAGAAGACUGCUAGCAGUGUUAUGAAAUGUCUGGUAGUGCUUCUAGGAGCUAUCGUGAUAGGGUUGGUUUUCGUGGCGGAAAGAAUGGGACAAGUAAUGCACAUGGCUAUUUCACUCUCCGGAAUCACUUCCGGUGCUCUGCUUGGUAUGUUUACAUCCGGGAUGGUUUCCACAAUCAUUAACACGAAGGGAGUGAUCAGUGGAGCGAUUGUUUCGGUGCUAGCGAUCGGAGCGAUCGUGGUUGGAGCUCAAAUGAAUCCAAAGACCCCUCCGAUGCCAUUCCGCACCGACGGGUGCGCUGACAGUUUGCUCCACAAUGUUACCCUCGUAACGUCCGCUCCGGAUACUGUGCUUGAUGACGUCCCACAGAUCUUCAAGAUCAGUUUCAUGUAUUAUUCGUUGCUAGGCGUUGUUAUUUACUUCGUAGUGGCAUACAUUGUCAGUGUGAUGACCGGCGGGGGUGAAAUCAACGAUCAACGAUUACUUGCACCAUUCAUGCGGGAUCAGAAACAAUACGAAAAGGAGGAAGCGUUGAGGAUGCAUGAUAUCCAGUAUUUGGAAAUUGACUUGGCACUCAAGGAACUGCAGAAGACAAUCGAGCCGAAAUAGAAGAGAUUAGGAUUAUUGAUGAUAACUACCACAAAUAAAGAGAAAUUAUCAAGCGAGUUUUUUGUGUUUUGGGUUAUCAAUCAAUUAUUUAAAAUUGACACGUGAGGAGUUAUCUCAGUAUUACAAUGGUUCAUUUCGUGACUAUCCGGUUUGUAGCGCAAAUUCUUAUAAUUUUCAUUCUCAACAGGAUAUACGAAAAUCCAGCUAAACGAGGAAAUGGAAAAUUUUAUCAGCGAUUUUUCGAACUUUCCUGCAUCAGGAGACUCUUUGUUUACCCAUAAUCGAAUUCCGAUAAGUUUCAUGCACUACAGUGCAUUUCGAGAAUAUUUACGAUUAUUAAUUGCUGUCUGUAAGCUGAUCGUAUAUUACUCUGUAUCAUGUGCAGACAGAGUGAACCAUGUGUCAGUUUAGUAGUGUAUUGAAUUCAAACAAUUUUCAAGCACCAAAUUCAAACCAACAAAAA